AUGGGAGUUGAAGUCAGAAUGGAUUCAGCACUUCCUGCUUUUACGCAGAAGACCAAGAAACUUCGGCUGUUGACUAAAAAGUUGUUUACCUGCCAAACUGUGUUACCUCGAAGGGACAGAAGUCAACACAGAGACAGAAUGUCUGUGAUGGAGCAUGGGGUAGUCCGGCCAAUCACAGCAGUAGCGUGGACCUCCAACAGCAGCACUUGCCCCAAAGAUUUCACUCUGAUCAGCAUCACAGAGGACGGAGCAGCAGCGAACUUUACACGCAGCUUUGCGAUGAAGUCUGGGUAUUACCUCUGCUACAGCAAGGACCUGGCGGGUGGUAUGGUAGUGUCAGACAUUCAGCUUAUUUCAGAAAAGGACUCUAUUCCUCAUGGUUAUUGCUACAUAGCAGAGCAUCUCGAAGCAAAGGCCUCUGUUUGGAAAAAGAAACGGGUGUGUGUACGUGUCGUCCCAGUGGGCAGUGUGGACACAGCUGUGUUGGAUAUCAAAGUGACGGCCAAAAGCAAAAUGAUGUUGCAGCACUACACAUACGUGGGAGACGUCCAUGGCUAUGUGCUGUGGUGCAGAAAGGGCCAUUUUUCAAGCCCUAUGCCCCAAGCCAAGCCCCGCAGUGUCAGCCUGGACCUCCGCUCUCUCUCACUGGAUCAGCAGUCUGCUCUUCUGCCCCUCAGACCCAGUAAUCCCCCUCCUCCUGUGCCGCAUAAUAAACUGAGUCAGAGACGACACAGCCUCCACAGCAAGGACAACUUGGACAAACCUGCUGACAGCAGUAUCCAGGGAAUCACAGCUCUGGAUGGAGUUCCCUUUAGCCUUCACCCAAAGUUUGAUAUCCAGGCAAACGGCACGGCUCUUCAGCUGAACUCUCAGCUAAACAACAUUCGUAUAAAGUCUCUCCAAGACAUUGAAAAUGAGUAUAACUACACUUUUGCUGUGGAGGAAAACGCUGCAAAGAGGACCAGACCAUCAGUGCCUGCAGGAGACGCCCCAUCAGCUCAGUGAUCUUUGAACUUUGACAAAUCAACAAUAUCACACUUGUGGGCUUUGCUCUGUCCAAAAGCUUUUAGCAUGACAUCUGGCAUCACGGUACAGAUGAAGGACGAUCACGCCUGCACAAACACUGUAGGUUUACCAUAUUAGGCUUUGGUAAGACAGGAUCGAUCAUGACAGGGUUAAUUAAAAGCUCAUCUAUUGGCACUACUUUUCUACAUGAGACUGACAAUCAUACUUCAGAGCCGUUCAGGUGGUUUAGCUGUUAAGUUGUAAUGCGACACUUUUCCCUUGCAUUCCUUUGUAUUGGUCUAUAAUGUUGAGUUUAUGCUAAAUAACCAUCUUAAAGCAUUCAGAGUUUAUAUUUGCCAAAGGAAAGGCCUGUUUGAACGAAAUCAUACUUAAGCUAUGUUCUCUUAACAUGUCGUUGAAAGGAGUUACAGGGUUAAAGAUGUAAUGAAUUUGAAAAUCUGUAGAGUAUCGGGUGUUUUGGUACUACUCAUCUGCAGCCUUAAGCCCAACUUUUACAUGCUAAAUUUGCAAAAUUUAGACAAAUCGCAUGCCAAAAAAGUUCGUUUUGUUUUUUUAAUCACAAGGACGUACUUACCAUUUACGUCGUUUGUUACUUGCUCCGUUGUCUGUUACGCGAUACCCUCGAGUGAUACGCAUGUGAAUCAUUAAUAAUCUUAAGCAGAGCUGUAAUACGGAGCAUUUGUAGUUGAACUUAAUUGCAGACUUUUUACUGAUGUUGCUGCAUACACUAUUAUAUAAAUGAUGUACAGCGCAUUUCUUGUAUGAAGUAGCCUACUACUACAGGUUUGUUUCAUACCAAAAAAUAAUAUAUCCUUUUAUUGAGGUGAGUGGACAGUGGUUGUAUAUUUAGCUCAGUGUGUCCGUUAAGCUUUGACAUCAUGUGUCGGGGGGAGUGGAGAGUGUCUGAUUGUUAUUGUUUUUUUAACUAUCGGGUGGAAUAAGGACCAAAUAUUUAUCUUUGUCAUCGUACAAUUUAAAAAUCAUGUUUUGUUGUUUUAUGGUCCAUAUAGCAAAUUUACUGCAUGGAAAACAAUAAAAACCUAAUAGCAACA